AUGCUGGGCUGCCCGGUGCGGGGGGGCCAUGGGCAGCGGGGGGCACCGGGCACUGGGCACCUGCAGAUCUGCAAGCGCACGGACCUGCUGGUGGUGGAGAUUAACACGGUCUCUUGUUGCAGCCACGGCAGUGCCAUGGACCCAGGGCACUGGCCCGGGCGGGGCUCUGGCACCCCCUGGAUCUACCGGAGCAUCUCGGGGGAGUACGCGUGUCUGGAGAAGCGCUUUGCGGCUGAGCUGUGGCCGGCCCGGCGCCCGGGGCCCCGUGGGCACCAGGACGCCACGUGGAGCAAGACGAUUCCUCUCCCCCAGCCGCCCUCCAGUGGCGACCCCCGGGGCCUGCGGCUGCUGGGGAAGGGGGCGCGAGGGGACCAGGACACCCCCAGCGAGAGGAAGCCGAGGGGCGGCUCGGAGGGCAGGAGGGGCCUGGGUUGGGCGGCCCCCCCGGAGAGGAGGGGGCAGGGGGCAGCGGCCGGCGUCCUGGGCAGGAGGCGGCCAGCAGGGAGUGCCGUGGAGGUGCUCCCAGCCGGGCCCCCCAGCUACGAGACCCACAUGCUGAGGCGGCUCCGGGCAGGGCAGGGCAGCCGCAAGCCGAACGAGCCACGGCCCCCGCCCUACAUCUCGCCCCCUGCCUACGACGCGCCCCACCGCACCCUCCCCACCAAGCGGCCCCGCACCGCCCCCAAGCCGCCGGACGCCAAGCGGGGCCGGCCAGCGCCCCAUGGGACAGGGCCCGCUGGAGGCAGCCCGGAGCCCGCUCCCGGCUCAGCCGGCCCCCGGCAGCGGCUGGCCAGGCUCCCCCAUGAGGUCCUGGGAGGCUGGAGCUACCACGCGGGGUCGGGCACCCUGGGGCGCCGGGCCGGGUCGGGGCUGGAGGGCGCGGUGCAGUCCACGGCCCGGGGUGGCUCGGCCGAGUCCCUCUUCCGCCCACUGUCCAGCCCAGACGGUGGCAGCCACACGCUGCCCCGGGCAGCCGGAGGGGCUGGCAGGGCCCGCGGCCCCAGGGGCUGGGAUGCAGCGGGGCCUGGCUCUGCCCCGGGCCGGCAGCGACUCCCCUCCGGCUGGGGCUUUGGCUACGCGCCCAGCUCCACGGGCAGCGCCAGGAAUGGGCAGCGGGAGGGCUGGGAGCAGAGGGGCCGGCCAGAACGCAGGGCGCCUCCCUCUCCCCGCCCCGUGGGGAAGGCACCUGGCCAGUCCUCCACAGCCGAAGGCCGAAGCCAGCAUGGGGGCGUCUUUGUGAUCGAUGCCACCUGCGUGGUGAUUCGCGCCGAGUACAUCCCGCCCCCGCGGCGGGAGCAGGUGCGGCUCCUGGGGUCCCCCCCGCCCCGGGACUCGGCCUCUCCAUGCCAGAGGCUGCUCCUGGCCAGCCGACCCCACCUUGGGGCCUCCGAGCGGGCGGCAGGGCCCCCACCCCCUUCCCCCGGGGAUGGCUCCCUGGGGGAGAGGGCGGCUCGGAUCUUGGGGCUCCCCGCGGCCGAGCUGGGCCUGGAGGGACCACAGGGGGCCUGUGCCCAGCGAGAGGACCCCGGGCGCUGGGGCCAGCAGGCGGGAGCAGCUCUUCCUGGCAGCCCAGAGCCGCUGGUGGGGGGCCCCAGAGUACAUGGGCUGCCCAGUCCGGCCGCUUCCCCCGAAGAGCCGCCUGGGGUCCCGGGGGGCAGGGAGACCCUUGGGGACGGCACCAAUCCAUCUGUGGGGCCGGGGCCGGGUUGGGGCAGGGAGGCUCCUGGGGACGAGCCGCAGGCCCUGCCCCCCCGAACCCGGCCCUGCGCCAAGCGCCCGGCGCUCUGCACCCGCGACCUGCGCGAGGCCGUGUCCCGCAUCCGCCGCCACACGGCGCCCGACUCGGACACGGACGAGGAGCCCGAGGGCCCGGCCCCGCGCGGCCACAUGGCCUGGAGGGGGCGCCCGCGCCACGAGGCCCUGGCCUACAGCAGCAGCAGCCUGGAGAGCAGUGGCUCCGACGCCACCGUCGUCCCGGCUGCUGAGGGGGGGCCCCCGGGGGCGGUGCCAGAGGCCAGGGAACCAGGGCAGGAGGCCUGGGGCGGGGUCCAGGAGGGGUUGGAGAUGAGUGGGGCAGCGGAGCCCAGAAGGGGGUGA